AUGAAGUGGCCGGAGGGACGAAGAAGAGCUCUGGCGUGGCUGCCGUUGAAGGCGGUGGAAGCCUGUGAGCACCGAGACCAGAGGCGUGGUUGCCGGUGGCGGAUUCAUCGUGGUGGCGCAGCAAAACUCCGGCAUGAGGUUGAAGGAGCAGGCGGGAUGAUACGGUCGUCUUCUCCGGCGGGUGUGCACUACGACGUAACACGCGUCAGAAACCGCGGUUGCCGGAGAAACCGGAAUCCGUCAGAGGAAGUUGAGGUCAGCGGCGUUGUGGCCGGACGCAGGAUGGAAGUCGGAUGGCGAUGUGAGGCCGAGCCAAUGGAGGCACUGGAAGAGGAAUUGCAAGAAAUAUCUUGCAAGCCUGAAGUGUUCAGGUAUGGUUAUGUAUACCUUUUAAGGUAUAGAUCUGAAGUCUUUGAAAAGUUCACAGAAUUUAGAUGUGAGAUGGAGAAACAAAGUGCACUUCGAUUAGAUCGAGGAGAUGAAUAUUUGAACACUGAGUUUCUCGAUUAUCUAAAGGAGAAUGAGAUUUUCUCGCAGUGGACUCCUCCUGGUUUUCCACAGAACAAAGAGGGACUCCUUUUGGAUAAUGAUCCAAUAAGCUAUGAAAAGGCAAUGUUGGACAUUGACUCUAUUAAAUGGCAAGAAGCUAUGCAGUUUGAAAUGGAUUCCAUGUACUCAAACAAGGUCGUCAUCCAUGUACACGUCCUCAAAACUUUCUGGAUCCAACAACAUGGCACCGGAAAUGAGCUCAAUAUCAUCAAUAAUCAUAACAUUCCAGUCCUGGUCGUCUCCCACGCGUUAAAGCAAUGGCUCACGGGCACUGGAAUGGCUCAGUCCUUACGUCUCACACGCCCUUAUGCAAUGUCUCACGGGACACUGAGCAUAACAUAA